AUGAAAACUAAAAUGUAUUCUGCAUACAAUCUGAAAAGCUUUCUUGUUGCGUUAGGGAUAUUUGUGUAUGUUUCUCAGCUCUCACUACGAUUCCACCAGCAUUCUAGAACCCAAGACACCAAAGAGCAUCACAGACUCUUAAAAUUGACUCGAACUAUAGUGGCAUGGGAGAAUUUGGGACGAUUUAAAGCUCCCAAAUCAGAUUUGGCUUCUGCAGUUUCUUCAUCCAGAGGUCCUGUCUUUUCACCUGCUGGUCUUUGGAAUCAUCAACAGAUGGCUGCUCCAUAUCAGAGUGCUUUGGGUGGUGAUUCCAGAGGGCUUGUGCAAGAGCCCCUUGGUGUUCAGACCAAGCAGCUACUGCAAGGUCCAGUGAAGCCAUUGGACUGGAGAUACCCCAUUGUUCCUGAAGUACUGAGCAAGUUGGCAGUGGAUUUUCAGUUGAGGCAGCCUGUUACUCCUAGCAGUGUAGCUGUUCAAUGUGGAGAGAAAGCAGUACUUGUAGAAGCAAAGCAAGACUUGUUUGGUAAUGGUCUCUUGGUCCAGCCAUCUGGCCUUACUUUGGGAGGCUGUUCUGCAGUUGGUGAGGACUCUGAUUCGAAGGUUCUCAUCUUUGAAUAUGAGCUACAGGACUGCAACAGUGUGCUGAUGCUGACUGAAGAUGAGCUCGUCUACAUCUUUGCCCUUACAUACACCCCUGAGCCAUUUGCUGGAACUCCGAUUCACAGGGCUAAUAGUGCCAACAUUGGCAUUCAGUGCCAUUAUUCAAGGUUUCAGAAUGUGAGCAGUAAUGUCUUGAUGCCUGCGUGGGUCCCUUUUGCUUCAGUGGCGGCUGGGGAAGAAGUCUUGGUUUUCUCCUUGAAGCUCAUGACUGAUGACUGGUCCUUCCAGAGGCCUUCCAACUUGUAUUUCCUGGGUGACAUUAUUAAAUUUGAAGCCUCCGUGAAUCUGUUCAAUCAUGGUCCUCUAUGUGUUGUUGUGGACAGUUGUGUGGCCACUCCAUUGCCUGAUGUGCAAGCUCAGCCCAGAUAUUCCUUUAUUGAGAAUCAUGGGUGCUUUGUGGAUGGCAAGUCUACAGGUUCCAGCUCCUACUUCCUGCCUCAAACUCAGACUGACCAACUGCAGUUCCAGCUUGAAGCCUUCCUGUUCCAGCAAGGAGACCAUCCCUCUAUCUACAUCACAUGCAUUCUGAAGGCCACUCUUGCCUCCACACCCACUGAUGCCCAGCACAAGUCUUGUUCCUUCUAUUCCAAUGGGUGGUUUGCUGCUGAUGGCAAUGACCAAGUCUGUGGCUGUUGUGACUUGACGUGUGGAGCAGACAGUUUGAGUGCCCCUGCUGGCUAUGGAGGUCCUCAGUGGGAAGGGAAGACCACCUUUGGUCCCAUCAUGGUUCAAGGGCAGAAAAAGACUGGAUUUCAAUAA